AUGGCGCUGACGGAAUUCCUCUUCCUGGUGGUCGCCGUCCUGGUGGCGGUGUACGUGUGGUUCCAGCGAAACCACAGUCAUUGGGAGCGCAAUGGAAUACCAUAUAUCCCACCCACACCGAUAAUAGGCAAGAAGGUGGGCUUCAAGACGACUUUUUCUUUUAGCCUGCCCCUCUCGGAGUUCUACACUGAUCCGCGUGUCAAGGACGAGGCCGUGGUGGGGAUAUAUUGCCUAAACAAGCCUUGCUUGAUUAUUCGCGAUAUAGAGCUGAUCAAAUCGGUUCUGGUUAAGGACUUUAGCCGGUUCCACAACCGUUACGCCCGCUGUGAUCCCCAUCACGAUCCUUUGGGAUCUAACAAUCUCUUCUUCAUAAGGGGCACCCAUUGGAAGAACACCCGCACAAAGCUCACUCCAGUUUUUAGCAGCGCAAAGCUUAAGCAUCUGUAUAUCCUGAUGCAAGAGAUUGGCAAGGAUCUGGAAGACGCUCUGAAUAGACACGGAGAAAAGAGCUCUGGCAAAUGUAUCAUCGAGAUCAAGGAGAUCUGCGCCCAGUUCUCCACGGACAGCAUUGCCACCAUUGCCUUCGGGAUCCGUGCGAAUAGCCUGCAGAACCCCAAUGCCGAGUUCCGGAACUACGGACGCAAGUUGUUCACCUUUACCAUAUCCCGAGCCAAGGACUUUUUCGUGGCCUUCUUUCUGCCCAAGCUGGUGUCACUGCUGCGCAUCCAGUUCUUCACUCCGGACUUUGCUCAGUUCAUGCGGACAACCAUUGGCCAUGUGAUGCAGGAAAGGGAGCGAACGGGCCUGCUGCGCAAUGAUCUGAUUGAUGUUUUGGUGGGUCUGCGCAAGGAGGCGGCGGCGGAGCCCUCGAAGCCGCACUAUGCCAAGAACCAGGACUUUCUAGUGGCUCAAGCGGGAGUAUUCUUCAAUGCCGGAUUCGAGACCUCCUCCUCGACCAUGUCCUUUGCUCUGUAUGAGUUGGCCAAGCAUCCGGAGAUGCAGCAACGUUUGCAGGAGAUCAACGAAGCUCUGCUGGAGGGCGGUGGCACAUUGCCCUACGAGAAGAUCCAAUCCCUGGAGUACUUGGCCAUGGUGGUGGAUGAGGUGCUGCGCAUGUACCCGGUACUGCCGUUCCUGGACCGUGAGUACGAGAGUGUGAAGGGGGAGCCGGAUCUAAGUCUGAAGCCGUUCUACGACUAUUCCUAUGAGAACGGAACCCCUGUCUUUAUACCAGACUAUGCCCUGCAACACGACCCAAAGUACUGGACAAAUCCCAGUCAGUUCGAUCCGGAGCGCUUCUCUCCCGAGAACCGCAAGUCCAUCGUGGCCAUGGCAUAUCAGCCCUUCGGAUCCGGACCCCACAACUGCAUCGGCAGUAGAAUUGGUCUUCUCCAAACCAAACUAGGACUCGUCAGCGUGCUGAAGAAUCACUCGGUUAGGGACUGCGAGGCUACCAUAAAGAAGAUGGAGUUCGAUCACAAGACAAUAGGGCUUCAGGCCCUAGGUGGCAUUCACCUGGAGAUGGUGAACGAUCGUCUUUACGAGGAGAGCGCCGCACUGGUCCAUUAUUGCAUACGAUGUGGAGUGCGUUCGGAUGUGGUUAUCGAGUGGUUGCGCAGCAGGGCAUCCUUGAUCUCAUCCCUCAAACGUUGCUGCACAUCCGCAUCCUUGGCCAGCUCGUACAUGGCAAAAGCCAUAGUGGAUGAGGAGGACUCGAAGCCGGCGGUGAAGAAUAACACAGCCUGGGCAACCAUUAAUGGUCUGGCGCAGAAAACGCGUGGCUUCCGCUGGAACCACUUUAAAUCCAAAGAAUGGGACCAGAUGAGGCAGGAAGAAAACCAUGACAAACUCCGCCGCCCGCAGAAGGCUGAACUCGAACACGGAUCGACCAUGCCGCCGAAACUCUCCAUUGGGAUCGGUGAAACUGUUUGCCUUCACUCCGAAGGCCACGGUGGAUAUCACAUCCGUGGUGAAGAGAGCACACAGUUCCUUGGCCUCCAAAUCGAAGCAGCGCAUACGCUCAUUGUGGAGCGGUUGCUGGCGAAGAUGGGCAUCCAAGCUGGCACCCACCUCCUCGAUCAGUGGGAACAUCUGCUUCAGACGAUUGCCGGUGAAAAAUGGCGACAGUUUCAGGCGCACCUCUUUCCAGCCGGGCUCGAGUACCGAUUGGAGAAUCCUCCGAAAUCCUUGACAAGGAUGUUCUUGACCAUGUCGGGAUCCCUCAAAAGCAGGGCCGGUUUAUGGAACACGUGGAUGCCCACGAACGGCUCGUUCUCCGCCUCGGGAUGGUUAUACAGCUGGGAUAUAAACUCGGCGGGACUUUUUCGCAUGUUAAGAAGUCCCAUUAGGUUGCCCACAAUCCAUUUGGGCUUGAUCUCAGACACUAUGAUGCUUAUCAGUUUGCUGCUUUUAACUUUUCUGGCUCUAAAUCUCUGGUUGAGACAGAAGUACAAUUACUUUAGAAGGCGUGGAAUUCCCUACCUUCCCGCCUCCUCCUGGUCCCCGAUGGGCAAUCUCGGACAGCUUCUUUUCCUGCGCAUCUCCUUUGGCGAUCUUUUUCGUCAGCUCUACGCAGAUUCUCGGAAUGGACAAGCUAAAGUUGUGGGUUUUUUUGUUUUCCAAACGCCGGCUCUGAUGAUUCGAGAUCCCGAGCUGAUCCGCAAGGUGCUGAUCAAGAACUUUAAUAGCUUCCUCAACCGCUACGAAUCGGCAGACAGCGGAGAUCCCAUGGGUGCGUUGACCCUACCGUUGGCGAAGUACCACCUCUGGAAGGAGAGUCGGCAGUGCAUGUCGCAGCUCUUCACCAGCGGGCGACUGCGGGAGGUAAUGUAUCCGCAGAUGUUAAAUGUGGCUAUCGACCUGGAGAACUACCUCAAUAAAAAGUUGCGGGAUGGCUCAAAUCGCGUUCUCCCUUUGGGAAAAAUGUGCCAGUUGUACACCACCGAUGUGACGGGGAAUCUCUUCUACAGCCUCGAUGUGGGCGGACUGCGUCGAGGGCGUUCUCAGCUGCUAAAGAAAACCGUGGAACUAUUCACCACAAAUCCCCGAAAGGUUCUUGACUUUAUGAGCGUGUUCUUCCUCCCGAGAAAGACGAAUCUGCUGAGACCCAAAGUUUUUAGGGAUGACUACGCGCAGUAUAUGAGAGACUUGGUUAAGGACCACCGAGAGCCGGAAAAGGGUGAUCUUAUCAAUCAACUGCAGCACUUCCAGCUCAGCCGCUCUUCUAACCACUAUUCCCAACAUCCGGACUUUAUAGCUUCGCAGGCGGGCAUUAUUCUACUGGCCGGAUUUGAGACCUCUUCGUCCCUGAUAGGAUUCACUCUCUACGAGCUGGCCAAGGCGCCGGAUAUUCAGGGCCGACUGAGAAGGGAGCUGAGUGAAGCCUUUCUGUCCACUUCCACUCUAGGCCAUGACACACUAACGUCUUUGCCUUACCUCAAAAUGGUUUGUUUGGAGGCACUGCGUCUCUAUCCGGCUGCUGCGUUUAUCAACAGGGAGUGUACCACCUCGGAAUCCGAAGGAUUCUCCCUACAGCCGCACGUGGACUUCGUAGUGCCACCAGGAAUGCCAGCCUACAUCUCAAUUCUCGGCCUGCACCGUGAUGAAAAGUACUGGCCCGAGCCCCAUCGCUUUGAUCCCGACAGGUUCGCUCCAGGGCGGAUCAAGGACAUUCACCCCAUGACCUUUAUACCUUUUGGAGCUGGUCCUCAUGGCUGUAUUGGCAGUCGUCUUGGUAUUCUCCAGCUGAAACUAGGUAUAGCCCACAUUUUAAAACUAUAUUGGGUUGAAGUCUGCGAGCGAACAGUACCCGACAUUCGAUUCAAUCCCAAGUCGUUCAUGUUGUCGUCGCAGGAUGAAAUAUACUUAAGGUUCUGCAGGGAUAAAUUUUAGUUUAAAAA